UUUUCAAUUUCCGACAAUUUUUGAAUACAGCUAUGCUCAAAUGCAUUCUAAACGUCAGAAGCAAUGUGGACAAUCUUUUUCAAAGAAUAAGUAUUGGACUUCUCACAAAAAAACAGUAUCAAGAAUUCAUAGAUCAACCUUCAAAUACUAUGAAAAUAAGUUAUUUAAGGAAUGAAUUUAAUAAACAUGGUAUAUUUUUCAAACCUCAUUUAAUGCCUUUACAAAAACCAACAACCAAAUUUAAAAAAAUUAUACAAGACGAUACAAAUUUAAAAAUAAUUACAAGUUUAUUAAAUGAACAAAGUAGUACAAGUCAUGAACAUUUAAAAAAUUGUGAUGUGAUAAAAACAAAUAAAGUUUUAACCAAGUUAUUGCAGUGCAGUGUUACUUUAUUUGAUAUUACAAAUGAUUCAGCAAUAGAAUUAGAACAAGCUAGAUUAUCUUUUAACUAUAUAUAUAAUGAAUUAAUCAAUUAUAGUGAUGAAGAAAUAAUUAAAUCCAAAGAAAAGGGAAUUAUUAGAAAAUUCAUAUUAAUAUCAACUUCAAUGACUUGGGUUAAAGAAACUUGUAAUGAUCAAAUGUGUAGUGAGAAUGAAGAGGUAAAUAUUAGUUUUACACAAAAAAGUAUUUUAGAGCGAUUACCAAUAGCUAAAUAUCAAAACAUUUUUGAAUUUGAGAAAUUACUUUUAAAAUCUAAUUCAUCAAAAAUCAAAGAUAUUUUUAAGACAUAUAUAAUUGGUACUGGCAUCAUUUAUGGUCAUGAAGAAAAUGCUUUUCGUUAUGUAUUCACUAAUGCUUGGCACAAUCCUAAGGAGAUGUAUAUUACUAUGUUGAAUCGAACAGUACCUGUGUUUCAUGUAGAUGAAUUAGCCAAAUUAGUUUUUACUAUUUCAAAGUAUGAUUCUAUUCAAAAUAAUUAUGUACUAGCAGCAGAGCAAGAAUCAUAUGGUUUUAACAAUAUUAUAAAAUCGGUACGCGAUGAACUUAGUAGUGCACAAUUAGUUUUACAGGAAGACCAUUUAAUCAUAAACCAAUAUAAAUUUAACAGCUUUACAUGGGAUAUAAUAUGUAGCGACCUAAAUAUAGAUACUAUGUUGGACAUUAUUGUACCUGAUUAUCAAAUACCACAAACAUCAAUAAUAUCAAAUAUGAAAGAAUUAAUACGUGAAUUUAUUGAAGCAAAUAAUUUAUACUCAUUAAAAAUAAUAGUUAGUGGACAGCCAACACACGUGUCAUCCAACAUUGCAGAACGUUUAGCUAAAUAUUAUAAGGUACAACUGAUUGAAAUUACUAAUUUAACAAAUAAUUAUUUUGCCUUAUUGAAAAAUGAUCUAACUGAAUUAGAGUUAAAAAUGAAUGAUUUAUGUAUAAAACAAACCAAUAUCAAACACACAUUAGCAACAUUAAUUGCUCAAUUUGAUGAAUGGUUAGAACAGAUUGAUGAACAAUGGAGUAUAGAUAAUUAUUCUUUAAAUGAACAAAAUAACAAUGAAAUGAUGAAUGAUACUAAUAAAAAUCUUGAAAUUGAAAACAAUAACACAUACCUAUCAAAUCAUGAAAUUUUCAUAGACCAAUCUGAAAAUAGUUUAAAUCUCAAUGAUUUAAGAUACGAUAAUUAUUUUAAAAAACAUGAAAAUUAUAGAUUAUUCACAAAAAAUAAAAUAGAUCUACUUGAAAAUGAUAGAGAAAUUAGUGAUAUUAAAUUUUUGAUAUUAAAUUUGAAUGCAAAAUAUGAUGAUUACAAAAACAAUUUCAAUAAAAAUAAAGGACAGUUAGACAAUUAUUACUUGUUGCCAUUAAUUAAAGAGUCACUAUCUUCAUUCUCUUGUCGUAAUCAAGGAUAUAUACUCAACAUUUUCCCUUUACAUGUGGAGCAAAUAGAAUUUAUAUUUAAUAAAGAUAUUAGUGAUAUUACCUACCCAAAUACUAUAAUUUUAUUAUCAUAUAAUGAUGUAAUAACAAACAUUCAAAAAUGUUGUGAAGACACUUGUUCAACUAUAAUAAAUGAAAAUAGUACAGUAUGUUUAAAUUACAAUAAUUUAGAACAAAACAUUGAAAUUAUUUCAAAUAGUUUUGAUUCUCAAAGUUCAGAUAUUUAUGAUGAACAAGAAGUCAAUAUCAACAACUCCAUGAUCAAGACAAACAUGCAUGAUAAAAAUAUAACGGAAAGUACUUAUGCAAACAACAACCAAAACUAUGAAUCAAUAAUAAUAAAUGAUCUAGACAAUUAUUGUACCAAUAAAGGUAUUAUUAUACAUAGAUUAAAUGUACCAUUAGAAUUGGCUGAUAAAACAAUACCUCAUAAUUUACAAUACAAGUUUUAUACAGAUACCAUAAUAUCGUUGAUUGGCCAUAAUUCAUUUAGAGAUAUUCAAUAUGAGAAUGUUAUGAAUGAAACUAAUGAAAGUCAAAUAACACCAAAAAAUAAAUCAAGUAGUAUAAUAAAGAUAAAUAGAAAGUUACAAGUAUCAUCAAAUAAGUUAAAUAUAAUGAAAGAACAAUGGAAAAAAGAUAUUGACAAAAAUUUGAAAUGGGAGAAGAAACAAGAAUAUAGAAAUUUAGUAAAGAUUCACAAUUUUUUAAACACAAAUAUUUUGCCAAAAAUUUUGAAAGAAGUUUCCCUAGGUGGUAAUAAAAACUCACAGUUCCCAGAAAAAGUAUUGAAUAAAACCAAAUUAUGUAAUACACAAAUGGAUGAGACUUUAGCGUGUGAAUAAAUAACUCAUAAUAAUUAAAUUACUAAAUCAACUUAAAUAAUAAAAUGAAUAUGAAUAGUAAAAAUUAAUUCAUAAAAGUCAUAAUGAUACAAAUUAUGAUUUAUUUAGAUAUUUAGAAAUAUGCAUUUGUUUAAUUACUAAUACAUGAACUAUGAACAUACAAUAUACAGUAUAUUAAUU